ACUUCAAAAUUCAACAUAGGAACUUAAGCUCGUGUUACAAGAUGAACUUAAACUUGAAGUUGGGUUGGAGAAAAAUUGUAUUUAAUUAUGAUCGAAAGAUUCAUUUCCAUGAGCUAGUUUUUCAAUGAAAUAUUCGAAUGCAUAUAUCUUACGUUUUUAGAUUUUUCCAAAAUCUAAGUUCAGUAUAUCUCCUUAUCUGUUUUACAUUUGUGCAAGAGAAGAAAUGAGUUUCACAUGUUGGAAAAGUAAACAAACAUAAACAAAACAACAGAACUAGGAACCUAGAGUAUGUAAACCUGAACCUGACCUGAACCGAAGGGGGAAUCAUUAAAAGAAAAAAAUGCUACGAAAUGGAUUACUGCUCCGAGAGGUGGUACAGCGACUUGAAGGGUUUGCUCCCCUUUGGCUAGCAGAGUCGUGGGACAACGUGGGUCUCUUGCUGGAAACCACCAGGAGCUUGGCAGAACGAGUGAAAGAAGUUCUUCUCACCAAUGACCUAACAGAAGAGGUUGCCAGCGAGGCUGUUUCAAGGGGAGUUCAGUUGAUCAUUUCGUACCACCCUCCUCUCUUCCGACCAUUCAAAACCAUCACCCAAGAUCAGUGGAAGUCUAGAAUCAUCACUCUGUGUAUGGAGAACAACAUUUCUAUCUACUCACCGCACACUUGUUUUGACUCGUUGGACGGUGGUGUAAAUGACUGGCUAUCUAGCUUUUUUGGUGUGUUAAAGCCAGAUUUCUUGCGAUGUUAUUGUGAUUAUAUCUUCUCAUUUACAGACUUUGAAAGCAAACGACCCAUAAUUCCCGCAAAAGCCCCGGCUGGUGUUGAAACCUCUUUAAAUCUAGCCGCAUGUGGUGCUGGUAGAGUUUUGCAACUGAAGUCUAAAAUCACCAUUGAGGACGCUAUCCAGAUUGUAAAAAGCAAGCUUCAGCUUCAGCAUGUCCACCUUGCUCUCGCAAAAGGAGCUAAAAAAAGUUCAUGUGUGUCGACUGUGGCGUUGUGUGCUGGUUCGGGAUCGAGUGUUCUUUCCGGCGUACUGGCAGAUCUCCUACUGACUGGAGAAAUGUCUCACCAUGAGGUUCUGGACGCAGUUCACAAUGGAAAAUCAGUUAUCUUGACGUGGCACAGCAACUCCGAAAGAGGCUAUUUGCGUAGCUUGCAAGAUGAUUUGUCAAAGUUGUUUAACACAGAGGUAGGAUUUUCUAUAUCUUCUACUGACCUUGAUCCCCUUGUAACAGUUUAAUGAA